AUGGAGAAUACGAGCUUGUUGGCUGACAAAUAUCAAGCCUCUGAUUGUGAUAAUGGAACCGCUUCUCCAGAAAAGAAAAGAAAACUGAACGAUUCUAAUGAAAACUCUCCGAAUGAAGUAUUAAAUGAAUCAACAGAUCCAAUUGAUCUGGCUCAAAAUGAUGAAGUAGGAAAUUCCCAACUCAAGGAUAGCCUUCAAAGUGCUUCAUUACUCUUUAAUCCUGAAAUACAAUUUCAAAAUUUAAAUUUAAAUCCUUUUCCUCGUGCAAAUACUGGAUGGACUUCUAGACAGUUAUCUUUCCAACCCCAUAUAUCGUGUCAAAUACCGCAAAUUCCACCCCCGCUGCCAAAUCAAAUGAGCUUAAAAUUUGAACAGUCAACUCGGUUGCAUGAUCCAGGUACAAGCUUAUCAAUGUCGUGCAAUAAACUCCUUAAUGACGACCGUUUUACGCAACUCCAGGAAGCUUUUGAACGACUUCUUGGACCUGUUAGUGAUUCCAGUUUGACUUCAAUGUACAACCAAGCAAAAACUCAAUUCGCCGAUUUGAUAAAGCUUAUGAAGAGUAUUCGUGUACUCCACGAUGAUCAUCAGCGCCUACGAAACGAUUUUAUGUCGUCAAUUUUUCCUUGCAUGCAUCAAGCAAAAUUAGUUGAAGAUAAUUCGUCGCCUCUGGAUCUACGUGUACAUCACAAACGGACAGACUCCAGAUCAUCAGAAUCUGAAAACAAUACGCCACCACAAGCUUCUAGUUCACAUAUACCAACGGUUGAUUCGCAGGCUUUAUCUCAAUUUAUGUCCUCGUUGCAAAAUUUACCAAAUUUUCCACAAUUUCCAAAUGAACUUAGUUAUGAAAUUAUGAAUUCAAAUUACUACAGGUACCAACAUCCCUUCCAUCAUCGAUAUCGCGAUCUAAGAAGUCCACCACGGUUUUGUCUUUAUCAGAAUUCGAAUUAUUCACCAACGAAGUCGACGAAGAAGCAGCGUCAUGUUGGCAAUUACCCUCCAAUCAACAAUUCCACGAAUGAACAAGCGUCAAGUCAUGAUAAUGGCCAAGUUGCCGCAAGAAAAACAAAUUUUCGAGGCACAAGUGAAGAAGAAAAUGAGGUGAAUCCGGACUUCUUACCCAUGGAAUAUAAUGUAAGUUUUGAAAUCUUAUAA